AUGCUCAAACUUUUUAUUAUACUCAUCUAUGCUGUAGUUGUUAGUGGUCAUGGACGACUGGCUCGACCUCCCAGUCGCAGUUCAGCAUGGCAAUUCAAUUUCAAUACUCCUAUCAACUACAAUGAUUGGCAAUUGAACUGUGGUGGAUAUGACCAUCACUGGGCAAUGGGUGGACAGUGUGGUGUAUGUGGUGAUCCUAUUGAUGGACCUCGGGAUAAUGAAGCACCAAAUGGUAAAUAUUUUACGGGUACCAUUGUGGGCACUUAUAAAGCGGGAGAAGUCAUCGAUGUUCGUGUCGAAAUGAUGGCCAAUCAUAUGGGCUGGUUCUUCUUCAAAGUUUGCCCGGUGACACAUAAUGCCAUCGAAGUGACCCAAGAAUGUUUGGACCGACAUCCACUCGAAAUUGUUCAGGCUCCUAGUGCCACGACAAGCUCUUACCGUUGGGACAUUCCAGGCACUUAUACACAAAAUAUUGCUCCCGGUUGGGAUCUCCCAGCAUAUAAUUUUAAAGUCAAAUUACCCAAUAGUUUGAUUUGUGACCGAUGCGUUUUGCAAUGGGAUUGGACAUGUGCCAAUCGUUGGGGUUCAAGCGAUGGCAAACAGGGCAUGGGUUAUGGUCCACAGGAAACGUUUCGGGGUUGUGCCGAUAUUCGAAUUCAAAAUUGA